UCGGAAGUUGUGACGUUCCACACCGGCACUGGGCCUCAACGGCAAUUCUUCGCCAUGCACAGCCCUCGUCUCUGUAAGGAGUCGACGUAUUUCCACGAACGGUUGCACGGGGACUACGCAGAGGCCCGAAGCCGGCAUUUCGAAUUCAAAGACCACGACCCGGCCGUCGUCGCCUGUAUGGUACGCUGGUAUCGUGGCUGGGACUGUCCUUUCUGCGGCCACCAUAGAGGCCACGUUCAGGACGCCAUGCUUCUAGCGAGGGAACUGGGCAUAUCACGAUUCAGCGAACAUCUGGUCGGGAUGAUGGAAGCACUC